AUGGAGCACCUCGGGGCCCUCCUCUUUCUGCUGGGGGGCCUGGGAGCGCUCGCCCACAUCUGCGAGAUAACCGAGGUGGACAGCACGCUGGUGGAGAGGCUGGGCCAGUGCCUCUUGCCCUGGAUGGACCGGCUCUCCCCGGAGCAGCUGAACCCCAGUAUCUACGUGGGCCUGCGCCUCUCGAGCCUGCAGGCUGGGGCCAAGGAGGCCCACUACCUGCACAGCCUCAAGCUUAGCUACCAGCAGAGCCUCCUGAGGCCCGACUCCAGCGAGGACGGAAGUGACUCUGAGGCCAAGCCCUCCAUGGGCCAGCUGGCCCUCUACCUGCUGGCUCUCCGGGCCAACUGCGAGUUCGUCGGAGGCCGCAAGGGGGACAGGCUGGUCUCCCAGCUGAAGCGGUUCCUGGAGGACGAGAAGGGGGCCAUCGGGAGCAACCACCAGGGCCACCCCCGCACCAGCUACUACCAGUACGGCCUGGGCAUCCUGGCCCUGUGUGUCCACCAGAAGCGAGUCCAUGACAGCGUGGUGGGCAAGCUCCUGCACGCCAUGGAACACGAGCGGCAUCUCCGGCAGGACCACGUCUCUGUGGACACCAUGGCCAUGGCAGGCAUGGCCUUCUCCUGUCUGGAACUGUCUAACCUCAACCCCAAUCAGAGAAACCGGAUCAACCUGGCCCUCAGGAGAGUGCAAGAGAAGAUUCUGAAGGCCCAGACCCCAGAGGGCUACUUCGGGAAUGUCUACAGCACCCCUCUGGCCUUGCAGUUGCUGACGGGCUCCCUCAGGCCCACGGUGGAGCUGGGCACGGCCUGCCUCAAGGCCAAGGCUGCUCUGCAGGCCAGCCUACAGCAUAAGACCUUCCAGAACCCUCUCAUGAUCUCUCAGCUGCUGCCCGUCCUGAACCAGAAGAGCUAUGUGGAUCUCAUCUCCCCAGACUGCCAGGCUCCAAGAGCCCUGUUGGAACCAUCUACAGAGAUCCUGCCACAGACCCAAGUCCCGGAGUUCAUUGACGUCAUGCUGAAGGUCUCCGGCAUCUCCCCUUCAUACAGACACUCUGUCUCUGUCCCUGCCGGCUCCUCCCUGGAGGAUGUCCUGAAGAACGCCCAGGAGCAUGGAAGAUUCAGGUAUAGAACACAGGCCUCCCUGUCAGGCCCCUUCCUGACCUCCGUGCUGGGGAAAAAGGCUGGGGAACGUGAGUUCUGGCAGGUUCUGCAAGCUCCUGACACCCCCUUGCAGCAAGGUAUUGCUGACUAUAGACCCAAGGAUGGAGAGACCAUCGAGCUGAGGCUGGUUGGCUGGUAG